AUGCAAUAUUUGGUUGCAUAUCAAAAUUGCAAGCCUGCAAUGAGUAUUGAUGUCAUCAAAUUGUUUGUUUAUUCUUUUGUGAUACUUUUCUAGGUUUUUACAGCAGCCUCUUUUAGCUGUUGUUUGUUUUGGGGGAUUUCUCCUUUCAGUCUCCUCUUCAGGAGGUGAAAUGCUGCUCAGUUGGGUCAAGGUCUGGUGAUUGACUUGGUCAGUAUACAACCUUUUUGUUUUGGCAGUUUGUUAUGUAGAUCAUUUAAAAGUCCUUUGUUGAGUUGACAUUGUGUUUUGGAUCACUGUCUUACUGCAUGAUGAAGUUCCUCCCGAUUAAUUUGGAUACAUUUCUCUGUAAAUUGUCAGACAGAAUGUUUCUGUAAACACUCUGAAUUUAUUCUGCUGCUACCAUCAUGAGUUACAUCAUCAAUAAAAAUUAGUGAUCCUGUUCCAGAAGCAGCCAUGCAAGCCCAAGCCAUGACACUACCUCCACCAUGUUUCACAGAUGAGCUUGUAUGUUUUGGAUCAUGAGCAGAUCUUUUCUUUCUCCACACUCUGGUGUUUCCAUCACUUUGGUAGAGGUUAAACUUGUUUUUUAUUUUUGGAUCAUAUUUGUAUGUUUUUUCAAAGUCCAGUCUAACUUUCUGAUUCUUACUGCUGAUGACUGGUUUGCAUCUUGUGGUAUGGCCUCUAUAUUUCAGCUCUCAAAGUCUUCUUCGAAUGCCCAAUGUUUGUGCAAUGCCUCUGAUUGAUUUUCCCUCUUUUCACAGCUUCAAAAUCGCUUUUCUCCCAUAGACAGCUCUCUGACCUGUUGGCUUAUCCCUUUAAACAACAAAUGCAGUCUUCACAGGUGAAACUGAAACUGACACCUGUCAGUCUCAUGUUCCAAUAUUUUUGCUCACAUACAAAUUGGGUGGUUUAUACAAAAUGUGCUAUGUUCUAUGUCAUUUAACUCAUCUACAUAUAAAUACCAAGAAAUAAAAGCUGAAAUUCUGAACUCUCUUCUCAUAUUCAUCUUUUGAUCUCAAAACAAAAUGUCAAAGUUUUGCAGCAAAAACAAAUGAAUUGGCCUUGCCGUUCCAGUAGUUUCAGAGGGACUGUAUUUAAAGAAACUCCAUUCCGAAACACAUUACAUAUGUUUAUAUUGAAAUAUGUGUGAUGGGCUUAGUGAUUCUAGUGCUAAUUUAUUGGUUGGUGCUGCAUUUUACAGAUCUCUCUCUCUUAAGAAGGUAGCGCAAUGGGGACAUUGUUAGCACUGUUACAAUGACGUCUAAAUGAGCAAAAAUUCGAAAUAUCUCGAACAUAAUUGAAAACAGUCAGAUUUUAUUGUUAGUACCAAACAACUAAAGAUCAAGCCCUUCUUUGCCUUGUGUUCAACACCCAUAUUUAUGUUACGGCAGAGACUUGGCUCGGCAGGAUAGCGGUCUACAAGAUGAUAAACACAAUGGUACUGACGAGACUUCAAGUUUUGGAACCAUCUGUUUGAGCAGAGUGUGGAGCUGAGGAAGUCACAGAGAUGGACACACUAAAGGAUAAAAGUGUGCUGAAUCACUCUCCUUAGGUAGAAAAGAAGCAAAUGUUAAACCUGAUUGACAUCACUAUUAACAGGUAGUUGAACCGCUUUGUAGGUAAUGUAUGAUGUAUGAAGCCAUUAAGUAAAGUGAAAAUAGACCAACAGGUCAAAGUUUCAACUAAAAAAGUAAACUCAGUUACCUUACAAAAAUAAAUUUGGGACGCCAUUGAAGAUCACAUGUUAAUUAUGAAGCUUAACAUGAAGAAUUGGCGCCCUCUGCUGGACACCAUCAGGUCUUACAAUUUGCGCAGUAACAGAAAAUAAAGAGAGAGGGAGAGAGAGAAAAAAAAUCUCAACUAAUUAUUGGUUACUUCCAAGGCUAAUGAUAAAAGUGUACUUCAAACAAACAAACAAAUAAAUCUAAUUCAAUCUAACGCCUUAUCUGGUUUGAUCCAAAACAUACUAUUCUUCAAUUUACACCUGCAUUUACAAAUUUAAAAAGCAUAGUAAAAACAAAGCUGCUUUCGGACUAAGAACUCGCUCUUGUACAAUUUAGAAGAAUGUCUCUGCAGGUCAUGAAAUAAAUUACCCUCUGUACUCUACAUGUUCAAUCAGUCAAUGUGCGCAUGCGUGAGAAACCUGUAGCACUCGAACACACCACAUUUCGUCACGUCCUUGUGUUACAUUCUAAAGCAACGUUAGGAAACGGAAAUAGGCGUUAUUUUUAUGGCCAGUUUAUCUUUUAUCUUUUAGAAGAAACAUUCAGUAUCUAUCCAGAAUCACAAAAGCAUAUUAGAUUUGAAUUUUUAAAACACCAAGUCAGAUGUGCGUUAAUUGUUUACAAACGAUUGCUUCGUUUAGUGUCGGCUUCCAUAACAACACGGAAAAGAUGUUCAUAAACAAGGAAAUGUAGGGCAAGCUCAGACAGCAGCCCUGUAACAUCUGGCCAAUUCUUCAUCGAGCAAACGCAGACAUCAUCAACAAUGGAGGGCUCAUCCAAAGGUGAGAGAACAGAGGAAACAUCCAAAAGUGACGCUGCAUCUAAAACAUUUGUGGCUGCACAAGUGCCAUUUCUUGACCUGUGCACUGUUCUUGAGAAUAUUCAGAAAACCAAACAUCGGCCAGACAAGGCCAAGUGCUUAAAGGAUUUCUUAGAUUCAUGGAGAAGGUUUCAUGCAGCUCUUCACAAAGAUAAUCCCAACACGACAGAUUCAUUCUACCCAGCCAUGCGUCUUAUUGUGCCUCCUUUUGAAAGGGAGAGAAUGGCCUAUGGUAUCAAAGAAAACAUGUUAGCCAAACUCUACAUUGAGGUCUUGGGGCUUCCAAAAUCGGGGCCAGAGGCAAAUAAACUUCUCAAUUACCGAGCGCCUACUACAGCCAAAGGAGAAUCUGGAGACUUUGCCCUUACAGCUUACUUUGUCCUCAAAAAGAGAUGCACAAGCCAGGGUAAUCUAAGCAUCAAAGAGGUCAAUGACUUCUUGGACUCUGUAUCGAUAAAUAAUGCCAGCAAGCAGAAAGACCUUGUGAAGAAAAGCCUUUUACAUUUGAUUACACAAAGCUCAGCUUUGGAACAGAAAUGGCUUAUUCGUAUGAUCCUGAAAGACAUGAAACUUGGGAUUAGCAAGGAGACCGUUCUCCAGGUUUUUCACUCAGAUGCUCCAGAGCUCUACAAUGUCUCUACGGACUUGGAGAGGGUCUGCAGACAGCUACAUGACCCCUCUAUUUCCUUGAGUGAGGUGUCCAUCGGCCUGUUUUCCGCCUUCAAACCCAUGCUGGCAGCUGUUGCCAACAUCCGCCAAGUGGAGAAACAGAUGGGGAACAAGCCCUUCUAUAUUGAGACCAAGCUGGAUGGUGAGCGCAUUCAACUUCAUAAGGAUGGGGAUGUAUACAAAUACUACAGCCGUAACUCCUAUGAAUACACGCAACAGUUUGGGUCCUCACCACUAGAGGGUUCCCUCACACCAUACAUCCACGAUGUCUUUAAAUCUCAUGUUGUUAAUUGCAUCUUAGAUGGAGAGAUGAUGGCUUAUAACUUCACCACAGAGACCUUCAUGCAAAAAGGCAGCAAAUUUGAUGUCAAGCGGUUGGUGGAAGACUCUGAUUUACAAACAUGCUUUUGUGUGUUUGACGUUCUGCUUGUCAAUGACCAGAAGUUUGGAAAUGAGCCUCUCAAGAAGCGUUACGACACUCUCCAGACAGUCUUCACACCCGUCAAAGGCCGGAUCCAGCUGGUACAGUACACUGAAGCCAAAACCAGGCAGGAAGUGAUAAAUGCCCUCAAUGAAGCUAUUGACAACCGUGACGAAGGCAUCAUGGUCAAAGAUCCCAUGUCCAUCUACAAACCAGAUAAACGUGGUGAAGGCUGGCUGAAGAUCAAACCUGAAUAUGUUGAUGGCGUGAUGGAUGAAUUGGAUUUGCUAAUAGUGGGAGGCUAUUGGGGUAAAGGCAGACGGAGUGGAAUGUUGUCCCACUUUCUCUGUGCUGUUGCUGAAACGCCAAGUCCUGGACAGAAGCCAACAGUGUUCCAUACACUCUGUCGAAUUGGAUCAGGCUACACCAUGAAAGAGCUCUACGAGCUUGGCCUGAAACUGGCCAAACACUGGAAGGUUUUUCGCAAGAGUAGCCCUCCACCAGGCAUUUGGUGUGGGACAGAGAAGCCAGAGGUUUACAUUGAGCCAAGAAACUCGGUGAUCAUUCAAGUCAAAGCGGCGGAGAUUGUUACCAGUGACAUGUACAAAACUAACUGCACUCUGCGAUUCCCCAGGAUUGAGAGGAUCCGAGAGGACAAAGAAUGGUAUGAGUGCAUGACCUUGGAUGAGUUAAAUCAGUUCCGUGAUAAAGCCUCGGGUAAGCUGGCAUCCAAGCACUUUCACUUCCAGGAAGAUGAGCCGGAGAAGAGGAAACGGAAACUCGCAUCCAAGCCCAAAAAGACCAUUGGCAUUGUUGACCACUUCAAAGCUCAAGACCUGUCCACUGUCACCAAAGAGACUGACAUGUUUGAAGAUGUGGAAUUCUGUGUAAUGAGCGGAAGCAACACUCAUUCCAAGGCCGAGCUUGAAAAGGCAGUGGCCUGUUGCGGAGGCAUUGUAGUCCAGAACCCUGGAAAGGACACAUACUGUGUGAUUGCAGGUGUUGAGAAUGUGCGGGUAAAGAACCUCAUCGGUUCAAACCAACAUGAUGUAGUAUGGGCUUCCUGGCUCCUGGAAUGUGUGGACAGGAAACAGGUGCUACCAUGGCAACCACGACACAUGAUCCACAUGUCCCCUUCCACAAAGGAACACUUUGCUAAAGAGUAUGAUUGCUAUGGAGACAGUUACUACGUCGACACAGAUGAGCAGCAGCUGAGGGAUGUCUUCAGUAGAAUGGGCACUGUUGACAUGGAUGCCGUAUCCAUAGCUUCAAUCGAGCAGAAGUACGGCUGGGAUGACUUGCCCACUAGCAUGUUCAGACCUUACCGUGCCUACUUUGAUCGAUGUUCUGAUAUCGGAGAUCCAGAAAGUCUUAUUAAGUUUACAUGUCUGGACUUUCGGGCUCUGGAGUUUCGCUUUCAUGGGGGCACAGUAGUAGAAAGACUAGAAGAAGGCAUCUCGCAUGUAGUCAUGGCGGGAGAAGAGCGAUUAUUGGACCUAAGGACACACAGACGCCUCUUUACUAAGAAGUUUAAGAUUGUUCGAGAAACAUGGGUGACUGAUUCUAUUAAAGCAGGACACGUACUUAAUGACAAUGAUUACCUUGUGUAAGAUGGAGACGACUGCACAAUGUGACAUGUCACUUAAAGACUGCAUUGUCUACGAAUAAUCUUCAUACAAUAAUGGCUAUAUUAUUGAUGCUAAAAUGAUGUUUGGAUCUGGUUGUGUUUCCUCUUUGCCUGUAAACAUUUUUAAUGAAUAGGAAAAUCAUUGUUUAGAUUUGUAUUUUAACUAUAGGCUUAUUUUUUUUUUUUACAAUAACAGGUUUUAAAUGAUGAUAUUUUUAAAAAGUAAUUAUGCUCUUGUGUAGUCAAGUCUCAGUUUGCUUGUUUACACAGAACAACACUAGGACGACAAGACAUUUUAUUUGCUCCCUGUAGAUUUUAUGAAAGAAUGACAAGGAAUAAAUUUGUUUUUAAUCUAUAACUGUAAAAUUGUAAUUAUUGUUGUGAAUAAAGAUCAGUGAAGUGACUUAAGAAAAUAA